CCGCUCCACACAGGAAACAAUCUUCAAGCAGGCCUUAAAUGCCAGAUUCCAGGCCGAGUUUAACUAACCACUGACAGCUCUGUAAACAAAGCUAGGACAAAAAGAGCCCAGCUUUCCCUUUUCUGGUAGUCAUUUUGGGUUUGGGGGCUGCAGGGGAAUUCUGGAAUACUUGACUCCAUGGCAUAGAGAGCCAGGGGGAGAGGGCUUCACAUUGGAAGAACUGGAAAGGGGAGACCUUGCCUGGAACCAACCCCCCAAGGAGGAGAACCAGACCUUAUCUGGCCUCCCCAAAUCUGAACGUACGCCAUGGAUGAUUUUGAGCGCCGCAGAGAACUUAGAAGGCAAAAACGUGAGGAAAUGCGCCUCGAAGCAGAGAGAAUAGCCUAUCAGAGAAAUGAUGAUGAUGAAGAAGAGGCUGCUAGGGAACGUCGCCGCAGAGCCCGGCAGGAGAGGCUCCGUCAAAGGGAAGAGGAGGAGUCUUUAGGGCAAGUGACCGAAAAGGUGGAGGUUAAUGCCCAGAACAGUGUGGGUGAUGAAGAAACUAAAACUUCCACCACAUCCACCACAUCAAAUACCCAAGUUGAAGAAGGUGAUGAUGCUGCAUUCUUGGAGCGUUUGGCACGUCGGGAAGAGCGACGCCAAAAGCGCCUUCAGGAAGCUUUGGAGCGCCAGAAGGAGUUUGAUCCAACAAUAACAGAUGAAAGUUUGUCACUAACCAACAGGAGAGCUCAAAAUGAUGCAGCAGAGAAUGAGACUUCAGAAAAGGAAGAGAAAAGUGAAAUCCGCCGUGAAAGAUACCAAGUAGAGGAAACUGAAACAGUCACCAAAUCCUACCAGAAGAAUGACUGGAGGGAACCUGAAGAAGACAAGAAAGAAGAAAAAAAGAAGGAAGAGGAGGAAGAGAAGCCCAAGCAGAGAAUCAUAGAGGAAAAUCAGGUAGAGGCUAUGGUGGAAAAGAAAACAGAAACCCAAGAGGAAGAGGUAGUAAUACAAUUGAAAAAUGGUCAGAUCUAUGCUGAGGAGCCGAAACUAGAGGAAAAUAGAACAGAUAGAGAUGAGGUGACAGGUAAUGAAAAAGCAGAGGAACAAGACAAGGCUGAGGCAGAGAAGCUGAGGUUGGAGGCAGAGGCAGAGAAGUUGAGGUUGGAGGCAGAGGCAGAGAAGUUGAGGUUGGAGGCAGAGGCAGAGAAGUUGAAGUUAGAGGCUGAACAAGAACGGAAAGCUGAAGAAGAGAGAAUGAGAAUUGAAGCAGAGGAAAGAGAGGCAGCCCAAGAAAAGGAAAGGAAGGAGGCAGAGGAAAGGGAAAGGAUUAAAGAGAAAGAGAGACAAGCAGCAGAGGCAAGGGAACAGGCAAAAGCAGAGGAGAAACGUGCAGCUGAAGCUGAAGCAAAAGCUAAGCUAGAAGAGCAAAUAAUUAAAAAACAGUUAGAAGAAAAAAAAGAUAAAACAUCAGAAAAACAGAUAAAGGGGGGAAAAGGAGAAGAGAAAAUACAAGAAAAAAAGGUAAAUGAAAAGAAAGUGCAAGAUAACAAACUUCAGCCAGCUGUCCUAAAGACUCAGGGAGAAGAAAAGGGGGUCAAAGUGGAAGUUAAAAGAGAAAAAUCCCAGGAAGACAAACCUACCUUCAAAAAAGAGGAGAUCAAAGAAGAAAAGACCAUCAAGGACAAGGGGCCCAAAGAGGACAUUAAAAGCAAUUGGGAUCGCAAGAAAGGGUUUCCAGAAGUCAAAUCUCAGAAUGGAGAACUUACAACUCAUAAACUUAAACACACGGAGAAUACUUUCAGCCGAAGUGGUGGGAAAGGGAUCAUGGACACUAAGGAAGCUGAGGCAGCAUCCCAAGUUGAGGCUGGCAAGAGACUGGAGGAGCUGCGCCGCCGCAGAGGAGAGACAGAGAGUGAGGAGUUUGAGAAGCUGAAGCAAAAGCAGCAGGAGGCUGCCUUAGAGCUUGAAGAGUUGAAGAAGAAGAGGGAAGAGCGCCGGAAGGUUCUGGAGGAAGAAGAGCAGCGGAAGAAGCAAGAAGAGGCAGAGAGAAAAGCCAGAGAGGAGGAGGAAAAGAGGAGGCUGAAGGAAGAGAUUGAAAGACGAAGGGCAGAGGCUGCUGAGAAACGCCAGAAAAUGCCAGAAGAUGGACUAUCAGAUGACAAGAAACCAUUUAAAUGUUUCACUCCUAAAGGUUCAUCUCUCAAGAUAGAAGAACGGGCAGAAUUUUUGAAUAAAUCCGUCCAGAAGAGCAGUGGUGCCAAAUUAAGUCAUCCUACAGCAGUUGUCUCCAAGAUCGACAGCAGACUGGAGCAAUAUACCAGUGCAAUUGAGGGCACAAAGGCUUCAAAACCAGCUAAGCCAGCACCCUCAGAUCUACCAGUUCCUGCUGAAGGAGUCCGUAACAUCAAGAGCAUGUGGGAGAAAGGAAAUGUGUUUGCCUCCCCCAGUGGGGCAGGUACACCAAACAAGGAAACUGCUGGCUUGAAAGUGGGGGUUUCCAGCCGCAUCAAUGAAUGGUUAACUAAAACCCCAGAAGGGAACAAGUCACCUGCCCCUAAACCUUCUGACUUAAGGCCAGGUGAUGUAUCAAGCAAGCGCAAUCUCUGGGAAAAGCAAUCUGUGGAUAAGGUCACUUCACCUGCUAAGCAGGUUUGAGACAGCUGAAGAAAGAACACUAGGUACCUGCUCAAGAUGCUGGACCAGCUCAAUUCGAAAGUGCUUAAUUGUUCUGUUUUAUAUUUAUGUUGAUUUACUAAAAUGUGGGUUCUUUUUUUUUUUGGUUUAUUUUGCAUUAUCCCAGUUAAACCCAUGUAUAUUAGCACUGUAUUUAAUAAUCACAACCUAGAGACAUUCAAGGUAAAAGUGCUGCAUUUGCACAGGAGCCUAUUUCUAAAGAAAACCCAUGCUGUGAAAUAUAGACUUUUCUACUGAGAGUCAUAACUCUAUGUCUGAACAGUGAUUUUAGCUGCAUCAGAAGUCAACCAAAAUAUAUUCAAGUUGAAAAAUGCCUAAGGAAUGUGUGCAGUAUCCAUAGAAAAAUAAACAGUUGCUACUUUUGGAAUACAGAAGUCAUUGUUUCUGCACUUUAGAAUAAGGCAUGGAAGAAAUAAUUUUAGUUGACAAUUGUAAUAUUUUCUGUAAGUUGCCCAUGUCAGAUUUGAGAUACUGCAGCAUUAAUUUGUCUUUUUUAUUUGUUUUAUACUUCUAAAGUAUCACUUUUCCAUUCUAGUUAAGUUAAUAUCUAAGUUGGAUUAUUAUGUUAGCUGACAGUGGUACUGAUUUCUUAAGAUCGGUGGUUUUGUGGAUUUCUUCGGUAGUGAAUAGUAACACGGACUGCAAUUUAGAACACAUAUAUGUAUGUAUGAGUGUGCAUACAUAUAGACACAAACAUAGCUUUACAAAAUUUAGCGCCAAGCACUACUAAUGGUAGGAUGCUUUAAUAUGUUCUAGAAUAUUAUAUUUAGUAAUAAACCUACAUAACUAGCCAAUAUCACAGCUUUAAAAAAUAAAAAUCACAACUUCUAUAUUAAUAUUUCACAAUUGCCAUUAGAAGCAUGGCAAGAGAUCUGAAAAUUUUAAAUGUCAGAUUACCUUUCAUAAAAGGGAAAAAAAGUAAUGAAAAAGAGGAGUUAGAGGAGCUAAUGUAGGUCAGUGUUUUCUAUAAAACAUUAGUUAAUUUAUAUAAACUACCAUAAUUGAAGGUAAUUUUAAGUAUGGUGUGAAUUAUACUAAAGUAUGUCCCCUUGGAUCCUGUUCAAGGUCUACCCCUUUUUACAAGUGGAGUUCCCAUUAUAAGUUGGACAUGUUCUCUAAGGUGACACAUAACCCUAAAAUUCUAUAAAAUAUGACAUUGAUUUUUUAAAAAAUCCUAUAAAUUCUUGCAAAUUGGUCUCAAGUGUGUGUAGAGGCUUCAAAAAAUGAACAAAUAUGGGUACUUAGAGUCCUAGUAAUUUUCUCUUAACAAAAUGAUAAUUUGUUUAAACGAUAAGGUUGUUUUCCUUAGACUUUCUCAGUCUUAAUCAAUGAAGAGAAGUUGAAUUUUCACAAAUAUAUGUGAAUACCCUAUGUUUUGGAAACUUUCCCAUCCUUACCUACAUUCCCAAGAACUUUUCUUCAAUGAUUCUUUUUAAAUGUACUUAUAAUUAAAGCAUGAAAACCUUUCUUGAACAGCAAAUGAUGUUUUCUUCAUAAUGGAAGAAAAAUGGGACUCUGGAAAAUGGCUCUUAAUUGAAAAGCAAUGUAUUUGGGUAAAGUACACAGACACACUCGCCUCUGGGGACUUAACAGAAAAAGCCAGGCUCAGUCCCCAGCUCCUGACAUAUUAUAGGAGUUUUCAAAUCCAUAAUUUUCCCCAAGUGAUUUUGGCUGCAGGUACAAAAUGCAUACAAAUAGAAACCCCCUGCUUGCUGCUGAAUUUAUUUCCUUCCAAUUCAGCCAAGAACAACUUGGUAUUUCAGGGUAGUAGACCAGGAAAAAAAAAAAACACAUCUAAAACUGUCAAAUGACCUUCUACCCAUUAUUUUAAGAUGAUAGAAGGAUGUAAGACAAUGACCUUGAAUUCACAUGCAGCACCUGAGUUCCCAUAAAUUUCUUAAAUUGGAGUGGAAAGAAAGAAAAAAGUACAGAAAGAGACCUUCUCUGAAAUCAUCUUGAUAUUGGGUAUUCAGAUUAAAAUUCUCCCUUCAAAUGGAUAAUGUUUUCCUUCAGAGAUAAAAUUGAGAUUAAAAUAUGCAGUGUACAAAUCCUGAAUUAUGCUCCAAUAAUUGGUUGUAAUAUGUUAUAGGUAGGAUUUUUUCUAUUACUUUGUUUUAAUCUUCUUUUUAAAAAAUACACGUUUUUUUUGUUUACAUGUUAGAAAACAAAUGUAUCUGUUAUCUCUAAGAGGUGAGACUGCAAGUUACCUAACAUUUUCUGUGAAUCUGCCAUUUUAUAAACACUUCAGAGUUUUUAAUGACAAUUGAUAGCUGCAAUACAAACAGUAUAUCCUGAAACUGCACCCACAAUAAAUGAAAUAUCUCUAAA